AUGGGAUCUGUUAAUUCAAAACAAGGAAUCCUCCUAAUUCUUAGAUCAUGGCAAAGGUCAGGGUAAGACCAAAAGAUUAGCUUUUUAAAAAAAAAAAAAAAUUCUGCCAUGUCUGUAACACGACGCGUCAUGAAGUAUAAUAUGCGUUUAGGAAAUCUAAACUAAACGGUGACCGUUAGAAUGGCCGAAACUAUACAAGAACUUCUUAAAUCUACACAUCAAAUGGCUGUUAAAAUAAAAAGAGAGGGAAAGAAUACGUAAUGGUAAAAAAGUAUUCCAUAUCAUCAUCACGCAGCUAUUGACACAUACAAUUAUGGUGCCGUCCUCAGAGAGCAGUUGAUCAUGGCAGCUCCUGUUUUUCUCCUAGUGUCCAUAUUUUGCACGUAAGUUAAAAUUAUUUAAAAAAAAAAAAAGCAGAGCAUCUUGUUUACAGUCGCUGUUUGAAAUACGUGAAAAAUACAGGCACAAUAAACUAUUGUUUGUGUAUAGAAUAAGUCGCUUAUGAAAAACAAACAAACUGUUUUUGAUCACAUGAGUGCACUUACAUGAAGUCAAUCAAAAAGACGAUCUGACUCAUUUCCACUUCUGUCUAGUUUAUAUCAACACAGCUGAUGUUUUAAAAUGAAUGUGCAUAUACAAACGAUGUAACGUUAAAGCCACAUCUUGACAAAAAUCAGUAGUUUCGCCAUUUGUUGUCGUGAUUAAUAAGAUUGUUUUAAAAAUACCACUGGCCCCUUUCCCAUAUAUUUUAAAAGAUGAAGAAGAAUACUCUUGUAUAUUUCUUCGCGCCUUCUUUACCCAAUGAUUACAGAGCUGCAGCUCAGACAGGAAGCAUUAACUUCGACAACUUGUUUCGUCAAUACGCUGGUACUGACAAUGUGCUCCAACGAAAUGAGUUUGACAGAUUUUGGCUACACCUUGAUGAAAACAGUGAGUAAUUACACACAGCUGACCAUCAAAACACAGUAGUCCACUGGUGAAUGUUAUGAAGUUUUUAUAAAAUGAAGUUACACGUUUUGAAGGGGAAAUUUUCAAGAUAGAGAUAACAUUUCGAAACGGUCUCCUCGGCUUAAAUAUUUUCGGCACCCGCGCGUCUCUAGCAGACGAUGUUGUUGAUUGCGAUGGCAGAUAUGAAACCACCAGGUUUGGAAGAGAAUCUGAUGUUUUCAUGGAGAAGGAGCUGGUCGCCAGUCAGUAGAUCCCUCUUCUCUCACGCAGCUAGUGAACCCAAGGGAGAAUGAAGUGGAUGGCACAGCUUGGCGCUUGGAGGCAUCGCAGAAGAUGUCGGAAUUUUCAAUGAGUCGGUGUCAUGCCAACCCCGGCGACUCCAUUAACGAAUGUGUUUGUUGCUGUAGCGUCUCCCUCUCUUUGCCUUUAACAAACGGUUUGUAGCCGCAAGGAGGCGGGUGUUUGUGAUCGGAGACCCCCCUUCUUUUAGAUAAGCUACCGUCUAAGGUUGACGAGUCCACUCCGAGUAUAGAAUUUAGGAUAUCUAAUAUUCGCACCUAUAAUGGCACAUCACCUUUCGGGAUAUGAAGAAAAUAAAUAGAUUCUAAUGAGCGGGGACAGAAAUGUGUCAGCAGAUAUUUUUUUUUAUGUUGAAUUUGUGAAGAAAACAAGUGACAUAAAGGAGAAGAAAGCAUUCUAUUUUAUGAUGAAAAUCACAACACUCUUCUGCCAAAAGAUCUAUACUAGAAAUUCGUGGUUACGUUUAAAAACAUUUUUUUAACUCGUCUCUUUUGUCUUAUAGAAUAUAUAUAUCUGUAAUAAUACGUACGGAUAUAUCUCUAAUCUUACGUACGCAAUAUCUCUAAUCUUACGUAUGUAUAAAUCUGCAAUAAUGCGCACGGGUAUAUCUCUAAUCAUGAAUUAAUACGUAUUAAUCAAAUCUGUAAUCAUUUGUACUUACAUAUGUAUUGGUAAUCAUACGCACUUAUAUCAUAUCUCAACCUCUAGCUGACGGCAGUGUAAGCAAACAAGAAUUCGACAUUGGCUGGAGGGAUCAGGGAUUCCCAAAUCCACAAAACGCACCCCUUUAUUUCAUUGAAUUGGACAGGGUUGCUGACGAGCAUCUAAAUUCUCUGGAUUUCCCUCAUAUUUUCAAACUGUUUGAUGAGAAUGGUGAGAAAAGUCUGCUGAAAUAUUGGUCUUUCGUGAAUUUUAUAUUACAUAACUUUUUUAUAUUUUUAAAAACUUUAUUAAGUGUGAUAUCUGAUUUUAAAAUGUUUUAUGCAUCAUUGGAUCCAUACAACACUUCAAGAUUAUGAAUGAAUAUAAUUUAGUUAUAACUAUUUCUAACAUUUAAUAACUUAUUUCUUGAAACAAAUAUACAAAUCCACUUUUUGUUUCCAGCAAAUGGCUUCAUCACAGAGAGGGAGGCCAGAUACAAUUGGAACGCUUAUUUUGAAUAAACAUUGUUUUAAGGGGCUCUUUUUUGUUUUUAUCAUCAUCUCUUGGCAAAUAGCCUCCACGUUAAUGAAUGAUCAACUUAGUCUUUUAAAUAAAUUAAUUUAAUGAAAUUAACAAAUAUAAUUAAUUAACUAAUUGUAUUAAAUAUUAUUUGAAAAAUGUAA